AUGCAUACCCAAAGUAUUCUUUCUCUUAUGCUCCUGGCUGCAAUUACCACUGCCGCAAUUGCCGAAGAGGUCGUCACUCUUUUCCUGCCCGAAUUCGAUUCUCAUUCCCUUGUAGGAAAGGUCAUCGGUACUGACGGUCCCUUGACUACCUACGUAGUCAACUGCAAUCCCAAACCCAAUAAUCAGAAUUUCUUCGAGAUCGGCGACUGUGCCGCCUCAUCCAGCGGGUUUAGCAUCGUCCAUGGACCUUCCACCUUCCGCGGUGUGUUCGAAUAUCCUCAGUAUACCAUGGCCGAGGACUGCGCAAUCAGUGACUCCACUUCCGUCUCUUGUGUUGUGACCAUGGCCUACGGCUCAUCUACUAGCGUCGAGGCUAUGGCUACUAUCGGUCCUGUGGAGGAUAUGUACCAGACGCUGACCAUCACGGGGACCGAGAUUGCUAGUAUCUCGGCUACUGCUCAGGCAUCUACAACUGCUGGAACUGCCACGGCUACAGGAUCCUCGAGGGUGACGACUACUACGGGCGCUUCAACGUCGAUGGGGGAGACGGGGAAGGACACGGCUGUGAUCAGCAAAAGCACAAACGCCGCUGCGGCGCAGAUGACGGGUCAUUCUAACUGGGUGGUUGGUGGUGCGGCGGCUAUGGCGAUCGUUGCAGCGAUCUGA